AGCCUGCAAACACUUCUCCAGCUACAAGCAGCAGCCCAGCCUUACUUGGCUGCAUAUCUAGCUUUGGGAUUAGUAGUGCUGACUUCACUCCCUGCAUGCAGAUCCAGGAUUUCAUUCCCGACUCCCAGGCACCUGCUGCAGAAGUUUGUCGCACUGAGUCGCAUGCUGCUCCCUAGAGACACAUCUGAUGGAAGAGCAAGUGCAGGGGCAGCCCACAGAGAAGGCACAGCUGGCUCUGGAUAUGAGAUGGGGGAGGUACAGAUGUGCCACACUGUCUACCCCUGGCACUCCAACCAUCGGGGAGAGCUGAGUGCUGGACAGCUCCUCACUUGGAUCGAUAUUACAGCCUGCCUGGCA